UUAAGCAACAACCACUUUCCCUGGCCCGAGGUUGGUCUCUUCGAAUUAUUAAGUAAUAAUACUCUUCGUAUUAUUAAGUGUAAGUCAAGAUUCAAGAUUGAAUUUAUUGUCACCUAUAAAAAAUAUAAAUGAACUUUGUAUUCCUCUGAUUAUAUAAUAACACGAUUUAACAUACCCAUCACAAUAAAUAUAAAUAUAAAUACUACACAAAAUACAAUAGCACCAAAAACUAAACAAUGGAAAGUCUGAAACUGACAUUGUACUUCAAAACGACAACAUUUCAAAAAACCCCAUUAAAUGAAAUAAAAAAUAAGGUCUACAUAGAACCAAUAGCAGGUAAUCAAUUUUCAGAAGACAGUUAUGGACCAUUAUGCCGAAUAUAAUAUUUUUAUCACUUGAAUUAGAUUAUAGUAAUAAUAAUGUCAAUAUCUAUAGCGUUGUUGUUGUCGCCUGGAUUCUGGACGGGUCUGGCCCGAAUCUACGUUGUGCAGAGAACGUAUGACGGCCACGGAUCCAGCGUUACAUCGUCUUUUUAUAGGAAUGACUCUUCAUAAUAAUACAGACAAUAGUAAAAGUCGAUCGAUUUUGAGUUUAAUUUCUGCACUCGGUCCUUAAUUAAUAUAAAUAAAUAAUACAAGUCUGCCUAUGACUGUUUACGGGAGCAUACAUAAUUUCCUUCGUCAGAGCUUGUUCAUCUCUGUAAUUGUAGUAACAUGUUCUUCUAUCGAUUUGGAGUAAUUUAAGAAUCGACAAACUCUGUUUUCAGUUAACUGUUUGAACUCGUCUAUUUCAAAAUAACUCUUCACACAAACAACCAGAAUGAUAUAGCUCAAACUGUUAAUGGUUAUACCACCUCCAUGGUUAUACUCGUGGUUAUAAAAUAAUUAUCAACUCAAAGAUGAGAAUGUUUCGUACAGCAACGUGUAUUUUUAGUGCAAUCUUUUUUUGUAUGACUUUAGGUGGAACAGUCAAUGCUCAGACGACUGCGGUUACAGUAUCUGAACAACAGAAAGAAGUGAGCAUACGACUUAGCGGCGGAAGUUAUCCGUGGGAAGGACGGAUUGAAGUAUAUUAUCGUGGAGAAUCAUGUUCCUUCUGGGGCACUUGUGAAACCGUUUGGUCUUGGGGUACUGUCUGCGAUGACCAUUUCGAUAUAUCGGACGCGCGAGUUGCUUGCCGUUCUUUAGGCUAUCAGGAUGCUCUCAGUACAGGCCAUUUUGGAGAUGGAAGCGGUGAAAUCUGGCUUGACGACCUUGGCUGCGGAGGUGAAGAAUCAUAUCUUUGGGACUGCUCGCAUCUGGGAUGGGGAAGCCAUAACUGCUUUCAUUUUGAAGAUGUUGGUGUAGUUUGUGAUAUUGAUGACUGUAGCUACUACUCUCCUUGCCAAAAUGGUGGAGUUUGCAGCGAUAGUAUUGGUUCGUACACUUGUACAUGUCCUAUCGGCUUUGAGGGAACUGACUGUGAAUUGACUACAGUAGCAUUAACUACAACUGCUCCAGAUGUUCUCCUAGAUCCUCCCAUCGACAUGACAUUGUUUGUUAAGGGAUCAAUAGUGGGCCUCUACUACGCGCCACAGUCUAAGGAUCCACCAAUUACAAUGUACUUAUCUUACGUUUCUGAGCCCGACGUGGAACUUACUAUGGAUGAUACAGAUUUUAGUGGAACAUUGUUCGAAGGCGGUAUAGGAAGAAGUGAAGUUAACAGUAUAUACACUCGAUUUAGGAUAGAUAUCCCUUCAAGUGCUCCACAAGUCCAACAAAGGGGACCUUGGCGCGGUCGGGUAGAGGUGGAAAAUCGAAGGGAAAUCGACAUAACUUCAUUUUAUCAGAGUAUGUCAGCCUAUGUAAUGCCAAUCAAUCCGUACGUAGUCGCAUCGGUUGGUGGAUAUGUUCAACUUCGGACGGAUGCAAAUGAAAACCAAGAACUUCGAUGGAGUCACAAUGGAGAAGAGAUUCCACAAGCCAACGGUCUUGAAGUAUUCACAAUAUUACGAGCCACUGUCGAAGAUGACGGCAUCUAUGAAUGUUACAUAAAUGGAAGACGCCCUGAAAAUGAACACGCCUUUUUCAAGCUGUCUGUCAGAGAAUGCCCAACAGGAAAAUGUGGUAUGCCAAAUUGCCGGAUGGACUGUCCAAAGUGUAUGAACGGGGCAGUGUGCGAUCCUUAUUCUUGUUCAUGCAUAUGCCCAGCUGGCUACAUUGGUGAUCUAUGUGAGACAGCACACUCUACAAGUGAUUUUGGACAGAGAGGCACCAUGGCGUGCAGUAAUGGUGUGGACAAGUGCAAAGGUAGCCGAUUCUGUCGACCUCAACCAUUUGGGUGUACUUGUGCAGGAGGUUUUUCUGGAAUAGACUGUGGGACAAGGUGUUCUGCAGGAACAUAUGGCCCCGAUUGCAAGUUAGUCUGUUCGUGUCCGGAUGAUGAGUGCAAUUACCAUAGUGGUUGCAGUUCCAGUAGUUGCAGUGAUGGGAUGACCGGCGAUACUUGUACAGAGUAUUUACCAUCUACGCAGUGCCCAAGUGGCUACUACGGUGACCAAUGUCAAUAUGAAUGCAAUUGUGACUCAUCUUUCACAUGUGAUAAAUGGUCUGGAGUGUGCGUUGUACCAGAUGAUAUCAUUGACGUGGUGAUCGUACUUGACCCACCAUACACCGAUAUGUCAAGUGACCCUCAAGUGAAGUUGAGAUUCUACUCUCUUGGCGACACACAAACUGAAGACAUGGAAAUUAGUUACUUGUCGGAUGACUCUGUGCAGUUGCAAUACAAUGAUCCUGGCGAAGGACCAUUCGCCAGCGAUUCCACUUUUACGUACACCACAGAUGGAGACUCAGUUGGCAUGGAAAUUACAAUUGGAGCUUCCAGUUCUGCUGCGCAAAGAGUUGGUCCAUUCUUGGGUACAGCUACCUACAAUGGAUUUACGACAACUUCAACAGCAUGGUUUCAGCCUAAUGAUGCUGAAAUUAGUCCUGUUCAUGAUAUUGUGCGGGUUUCCUUUGGUGGAUUCACCCGAUUGGCAACUAAUGUCGAAGAAGCCAGUGAUUUACGCUGGAAAUUCAAUGGAGAGGCCCUGGGUUGGGCAAAUGGAUUACCAGUUUUAACCAUUACAAAAGCUUAUGUUGAAGAGUCUGGUAUAUACGAAUGUUACAGGGAUGGAGACUAUGACGAUAAGACGCAUGCAUUCUUCCGAGUAGUUGUGAGAGGCUGCCCAAGUGGUUUGUGCGGUCGUCCAGCAUGUGUUGAUACUUGUCCUAUUUGCUACAACGGCGGCGUUUGUUCGGCUGACACUUGUACGUGCGUGUGUCCUCCUGGAUUCAUGGGAGACCAAUGUGAAACAGUUUGCCCUGAACAAGAUAACGCCUUCGGACUUACGUGUAGUAAAACAUGCAGUAGUGAACCGACUGGCAACUGUAGCGGAAUUAGAUUUUGUUACCCGGACCCAUUGGGUUGUGUUUGCGCAUCUGGCUGGAUGGGUCCUUACUGUGAACAAAUGUGCGACCCUGGUCAGUACGGACCAGACUGUGAUCUCCUGUGCCAUUGCGAUGAUGACGAUUGUAACUAUGUUUAUGGAUGCGAGGUUGGAUCUCAAUGCACGGACGGAUUCAUUGGCGACACUUGCAAAGAUCCUGGUCCUGAUGCUGUAUGUACAGUUGGUGAUUUUGGAGAAAGCUGUGAAUUCCAAUGUCAAUGUGAUUUCAGACAAUCUUGCAACAGGACAACUGGAGAAUGUAUUGACUAUCCCGCUAAUAUUACAACAUGUGACCGUGGUUUCUAUGGUGAAUUCUGUACACUGCAAUGCCCAUGCUCAUUGAGUAAACAGUGUGAUAAAGAAACAGGCGAAUGUCUUGAAGGUAAGUUUGUCUUUAGGAAAUAAACUAUACGACAAUUUAUUCGCUAACUUUCAUUUAUAUAUUAAAUUACAUAUUAUA